AUGCACGCCCUCCCUGCCUCUGACGUCACUUUUCACCAAAGGCAGCAAUAGCAACUUGGCGUCGUUGCUGCACCGUCCCUGUCUUGCGUAACAGGGGCGCGGAGCUGCCAAUCAGCGACAAAGAGCCAAUGGAGUCAUUCUUUCUGAAGGAGCGAGCAGGCGAGAGGGAGCUCACAGCUGUUGGCAAUGACAGAUGACUUUGGACUCGGGCUUUGCAAAAUGGCUGCUGAUGACGACAAACGAGGAAGAAUAAGUGUGAAAGAUAAAGCUAUACUGAACUUAAAGAAGUUUGAUGUUGGAGACAGAUUUUCUCAUAUAACACUUCCAAAAGCCUCUGUUCUUAUUCCGCUGAUGGUUAAAGAUGGAAAGCUGUGGGUUCUUUUCACUGUCAGAUCAAUGAAGCUGAGAAGAUCCCCAGGAGAGGUGUGUUUUCCAGGAGGUAGAAGUGACCCAACAGACAGAGAUGAAAUAGCAACAGCUCUCCGUGAAGCCAAGGAAGAAGUGGGGCUCCAUCCUGAACAGGUUGAAGUCAUCUGUAGGCUUCUACCUGUAAUAGAUAAAACUCGUUCUUUAGUAACUCCAGUUGUCGCCUUCAUAGAGGAUACAUUCCAAGCCCGUCUUAAUCCAGAAGAAGUCAGUGAUGUGUUUUCAGUACCAUUGGAGUAUUUUAUUAGGCCUUUAAAGUACACAGGCAUUCCCAAAAAGAUGGGCAAUAUUGAUUAUUUAUUGCAUUCUUUUGAAUAUGAUGACUCGGAACGCAAUACUUCAUUUCGAAUAUGGGGACUCACAGCACACUUUGUAGUAUUCCUUGCUCUUGCAAUUUUUAGAGAAAAACCAACAUUUGAAGUUCCGUAUGAUCUUGAUAACUGGAAUUCUUCAGUUGAGAACUAUUUCAUAGAGUUCAUCAAUAUGGCAAAAAGCAAACUUUGAUGUAUGGAAUUGUUUCUCCUGUCAAAACUUAUUCUGCUUAUAAAUUCAGCACACAAGUUGCUUCAAAUAUAUUCCCUUAAAUUAUAUCCGUAAAUUAUAUUGAAUUCUGCCAUUUUAUAGGUCCAGUAUUGAGUAAAAAUAUCUUGAUAUUGGAUUAUAUGAAAUAAAAUGCACUGAUCAGUAUUUUUUUCAUAAAAUUUAUACACUGCUUGAUUGUAAAAAUAAAAAAACCACCUCAAAGCAGUUUAUGAAAAGAUAAAACAAGAAAAUCAAUUAAAAA